AUGUCAAAUCCCAGCACUCCACAGACUCAAAAAUCAAAGCCUGUCGUAAGGCAAUCACCAAAACCACUAAGUACUCCUGAAAGCUCAUCAAAAGGUCUCAAUAUCUUGUUACAAAACGCAGUGGCAAAUUCUAGACCUCCUAGUCCAAUAAGUGCUGUUUUCCUUGUUCAAUUUGAUGUGAAAUCUGGUUAUGUCUUGAAAUGGAGUAAAACUGUUGAUAAAAACUUAUCAUUAAAAGGAGUUGAAUUUAAAAGUUUACCCUCUGGAUUACAUGAAGUUGAAAGAGAUGUUAUAUCAUUUGUUCAAAUCAAAGAUAAUGAUUCAACUUCUGUCAAUGGUGAUUCCACUACUGAUACUUCAGAUUCAAACCCAUUUGAUAAUUUACUUUAUGGUGUUUCAGUAUUUCAUCAAAAUUUAGGUGAAGCUUUUGGUAAUCAAAGAAAUAAAGUUAAAAUGUUCUCAUUAGGUAUAUUAGUUGAUCCAUUAGGUCAAAUCCAAUCAAAUUCUGGGGUUUCUAAAUUUACAGGUGACUUACCAGCUUGGAGACCAAUGUAUUAUACAACAGGUUUAGAAUAUGUUGAUCAAUUGCAUAAAUUAUUAGAUGAAUGGGAUAAUAAUAAUUUAAAUGAUUUUGCCAAAUUUGAAGAAUUUUUCGAUAAACAUUCACCAAAAAUUGAUUUGUUGGAUAUAAUAAGUGCAAAAUCACCAAAAUCUUCAAAUUUACCAAAAUUGGAUACUCAAACUGGUCAAUUUUCCUUAAUUGAAAAACAUCAUAGUCAUCAUUUCUUGUUGAAAAUAACAGAAUUAUUACGUUCUUUAGGACCAUUAGUAUUUAAAGUCUGGAGAUCUGCUUUAUUAAGAGAAAGAAUAUUACUUUUCGAUGCUCCAAGUGUGGAAUUAAAUUGUGCUUAUGCAUAUUGUUUAUCAGUUUUAUCAACAAUACCACAAGAAAUCCAUUGGUUAUUAAAUGAAAGUGGCUGUUGGGCAACUCAGGCUUUACAAUUCAUUCAACCUGUUUAUUCAAUAGGUGUUAAUGAUAUAGAUUGGCUAAAAUCAUUAGUUGAUCCUUCAUUGGGUAAUAACAGCAACACUAAUAAAAAAUCAAGUUUUAUUGCCUCUACAACAGAUGAAAUAUUAUUAUUUAAAAACACUCUUUAUGAUAUAUCGGUUCGAUUGAAUCAACCUCAUCAUAUUAAUAAUAGUACAAUUCCAAAAAUUUUCCUUUCUGAUGCUUCAUUACCAGGUUCAUUAAAUACAGAUCCAUUAAAAGCUACUCAAAGAGAUUUGAAAAGAUUUAGAAUUUUAUCUAAAGAAUUCGGUUUAAAUGAUCAUAUUAAUCAAAAUGAAACUUUAAGUACACAAGAAGCUAGAGUUAAAACAAGUGAUAGUAAUGAUUUACCUGUGGAUGAAUCAACUGUAAUUAAUGAUGAAGAAAUAAUACCUGAAAUUUUACCAUGGUGGACUGAAGUUUCUGAACCAACUUCUUGGAGACAAUUAGCAUGGUCAGGUUUUUAUUGGUGGGCAUCUGCAGGUGAAAAGGAAAAAAUUGAAGAAGAACAAGAAUUAGAAGGUUUAAAUGAAUUAAAUGAAUCAAAUAAACAAAAUGAAAUUGAACAAUCAUUAAUUCUUGUUGGAUAUUUCCAAAAUAUGACUAAAAGAGUUUUCACCACAAUUGCAGAUAUAAUUAAUAAUGAAAAUGAAUCAAAUGAUGAUGCAGAUGAAUUAGUUGAUAAAACUAUAUGGAUUGAACCAGCUGAUGUUUUCGAAAUGGGGCUUGAUCCUUAUUCCAAACAAGAUGCUGAAUUUGUUGUUAAAUUAAUUCAACUUUGGUGGAAUAGAAAAGCUCAAGUUGGUUCAAGAUUAACAAACUUGUGUUGUUUUUGA